AUGAAGAUAACGUCCUUCUCAACCCUCCUGGCCCUCUCGGCCUCCCUGCCCAGCGCGUCGGCGUACUGGCUCAUGGGGAUUAAGAACUUCAUCACCACCGAGCGCCUCGACCCGAUCGUGAACCCAGGCGCCGUGUCCGGGCACGUCCAUUCCGUCGUCGGCGGGAGCAACUUUGGGUUCACCGCCUCCACCGCGUCCUUGCUCAAGUCGGACUGCACGUCCAUACCGAUCAAAGAGGACAAGUCCAACUACUGGUUCCCGCACCUCUACUUCCAGUGGAAGAACGGGAGCUUCUCGAGCGUCGACGGUGGCGCGGUCAUCUACUACCUCUUCGAUGACAAGCCGGGCACGACCACCGCAUUCCCGCCCGACUUCCGCAUGAUCAGUGGAAGCCCCACCCUGCGCACGUACGACGCCAACAGCUACGCACAGCAGGCAAUCGACUUUUUGUGCCUCGACUUCAACGGGCAGACGACGAAGCAUACGAGCUUGCCGGAGAAGAGGUGCCCGAGUGGUAUUAGGUCACAGAUCAAUUUCCCUAGCUGCUGGGACGGGAAGAACGUCGACUCGCCGUCGCACAAGUCGCACGUUGCGUUCAAGUCGGGCGGCCCCGACAAGGGCAAGUGCACAGAUCCGAACUUCCCGGUCGAGCUCCCCCGUAUUUUCCUCGAGGUCUAUUGGGGAUCGGCCAAUUUUGACUCGAUACGGGACCAGGCGAUGAACCCGAACCAGCCGUUUGUCUUCGCCCACGGCGACCCAACAGGCUACGGGAACCAUGCGGACUUCUUCAAUGGAUGGGAGCCCGGCGUCCUCCAGGGAGCUGUUGAUGGCUGCACCUGCAACAUGUACGGCGAUCCCACCUGCUGUGCCCAGAAAGGACUUUUCACUCUGGAGAAGGACACCAAGUGCUACAUCACUAAAUCCAUCGAUGAGCAAACUACCGGCACCGUUCCCAAGCUCCCCGGGAACAACCCCGUCCAGCCAGCUGGCACGCCAGCGAAGAUGUAUCAGGCCGACACAACCCCUGGGAUCAUUUCUCCUGUGUAUGUGUACACAAGCAAGCCCACUGCGACAGGCCAGGUUGUCAUUCCGCCGAGCACCGCCGCUCCCACCAUCGUAGCACCACCACCCCCUUAUCCGACGCCCUCAAGUUCGAGUUCACCGCUGUCGUUGUCGUCUGCUACGCUCGCACCAGUUUCAACGGUAGCGACUUCGUCGAGCGUUCCUCCUCCUGUGGCCACGGUCUCUUCGACGCUCGUCGUAAUACCAUCGUCCUCUGCUCCGGUUGGAUCUUCCAGCGUUUACGACUACCCCUCUAGCGUCAUUACGACUUCCUCGACUGCAGUUUCUGUCGCCCCAUCUAUCAUCACCUCGAUCUUGUCGUCCAUUGUCUCCGCCGUGCCUAUCUCCUCUACCUACGUUCUUUCCUCCACUUCUGCCACCUCCGUCACAUCUGCGGCAGCGGUUACAUCUUCGUCCCCCAUCGGCGUGCCGAGCGCUGGGCACGGACACGGACACGGACCGAAGACGACAUACACCCACACGUACGUCGCCCCGACCACGACGAGUCGUCUGGCGCAGGUUACGCGCUCGACCGCACCGCCGUAUGUCGUGCCCACGCCUAUCAACGCAGGCGCCCCAGGGAAGACGUGCAAGAAGAAGAACUACGGAAAGCAUUACUCCAAGGGUCACUAUCAUAAGAGACAGCGGCUUUCUUUUGAUUUUGAUGAGGGUGUUUUCUGA